AUGGCGAGUGAUCCACCGCGCCCGGCCGGGCCCACGCCACUGAUCGCCGUGUCUGGCGGUGCGUCCACCUCGCAGCAGCAGGCGGCGGGCUCCUCGUCUGCAGUCGGGAAGAAGAAGAAGACGCACCGCGGCGGCAAGAAGAGGCGCAACCGUCGCCAGUCGUUCGCCGCGACGGCAGACAUGGGCCACGGCGACGCCAGCAAUGACCGCCCAUCGCUCGAGGACAUUGCCGGCCAUGGCAACUCUCGGGGCAGCACCAGCUUCUACGGGCUCUCACGCAACCUCAGCACCACCAGCCUGGAGAGCGAGGCGCUCCUCGACCACCGCGACCACCAGCCCGCAAGGACGCGCCGACAGAGCAUACCCGCUACCUCCAUGUAUGCGCCACGAGCAAGCCAGCAGCUCAACAACUCGCCCGGCCGUCUCAAUGUGCCCUCUUCGUACGGCAAGUCGAGGCUCUCGCACACGCCCGUGGCCAGCUACAGCGACCACGACGACGCCGAUGACGCCGACGACCGAACUCCCUUGAUGAUGGGCUCUCCUCGAGACAACAGGAAGGGGAACAACUACGGUACAGGCGCGCCAGGCGUGACGCCCAAGAAGAGGAGGACCAGCACAGCAAGCGGCAAGCAGCGCCCUGCCAUGUUCGGUCAUCACUCGCAGUCCAACCUCAACGACGGCUACGAUGUCAACAACCCGCCCUCUGUGCCUGCAAGCCCUGUGUUCGAGGCCAACCCUGGCCUUGACGACGUUGCGCUUCCAAUUGACCUGGAGCACUCUCCUGACCCAGGCAGAUCUCGCGAUGCUCUGAUCGACAUUGACGAGCCAAGUGGAGGAUCCAACCCAGGCUCUCCUAAGCAGGGCGACUUCCACCGCCGUAUGACCCAGUCUUUCGCCGCAGACGACGAUGUGUGCUUCCCGCACGACGCCAUGUCCGAGCUGGGGCAGCAAGACUACCUCAACGACCCCACAGGAGAGCCUACCAGUCGCCGCCGCCGCCGCCGUUGGCCUGAUCUUGACGUGCUGGCAUCCUGGUCGCACGAAGAGAAGGAGCAGCGAACCAUGGAGGGCAUUCGUCUCCGCAAAGUCAGCGAACCGCUCAUGGUCGACGGCCGACUGCGCCCACGCCAGCGCAACUGGCACCGCGAGGCCGACGAUGCUCCGUUCCGCUUCACCUACUUCAACGAGACGUUUGACAACACCAUCCAUAGCCAGACUAUCAGUGAGCUCCUGCAACCUGGACAGUCCUUCAGAGACCUUUUUGUGCCGGAACCCGUCAUCAUUGAAGACAGCAGUGACGACGAUUCGGACGCGGAGGACAUGCCGCGCGCAAGCGCAAACACGAAUGGCAACUCCACGACCACGACACGGUCCCCGUCCAACACAAACGACAAGGUGUCCUCUGGUGAACAGACGCGUACGAGCACCCCGCGCCUACAAGCCGAAGAGCCCAAAGCCAAGGGUGACGGCCAACAGAAGCGUUAUGGCCCACGACCGGCGUGGUGGCUUGAUGUCAUGUCGCCCACCGAGACGGAGAUGAAGGUCAUCUCGAAGACCUUUGGCAUCCACCCACUGACGUCUGAAGAUAUCUUGAUGCAGGAGCAGCGUGAAAAGGUGGAGCUGUUCAAGCACUAUUACUUCAUCAACUACCGUACCUUUGAACAAGAUCAAAGCAGCGAGGACUACCUGGAGCCUGUCAACCUGUACAUUGUGGUCUUCCGAGAAGGUGUGAUCAGUUUCCACUUCUCCAUGACGCCACACCCGGCCAAUGUACGCCGUCGCAUUCGACAGUUGUCCGAUUACCUGGUACUCUCGCCUGAUUGGAUCUCAUAUGCCAUGAUUGACGACAUCACCGACGCAUACGCGCCCAUGAUCCAGAGCAUCGAGGAGGAAGUUGACGACAUUGAUGAAGCUAUCCUGCGCCUCCACAACGCCGACGAUGAGGACAAUUCUGAUUCAGACGAGUACGAUGAGAAGCAAAGCAAGGAGAGGAGUGGGCGUGAUAUGCUGCGUCGUGUCGGCGAGUGCAGGAAGAAGGUUAUGAGUCUGUACCGUCUGCUGGGUAACAAGGCCGAUGUCAUCAAGGGCUUCGCAAAGCGGUGUAACGAGCACUGGGACAUUGCGCCUCGUAACGAGAUCGGCAUGUACCUGGGCGAUAUCCAGGAUCACAUCGUCACCAUGACGGGCAACCUGAGUCAUUACGAGAACCUUCUGUCUCGCGCGCACAGCAACUACCUUGCGCAGAUCAACAUCCGCAUGAACGAGCGCCAAGAACAGACAUCAGAUAUCCUCGGCAAGCUGACCGUUCUGGGUACCAUUGUUCUGCCUAUGAACGUCGUCACCGGUAUCUGGGGUAUGAACUGUAUCGUUCCUGGCCAGGAUGUCGAAAAUCUCAACUGGUUCUUUGGCAUUACCGGAGGUCUUCUUGGCUUCGGUCUGCUUUGUUAUAUGAUCGCAAAGAGGGUGUAUGGUAUUGUCUGA